AUGGUCAAUCGUCGUGAGCACCUCGCCGCGACCGAGUUCGAGCCCACGUUCCCCCGAAACGCCGCUUUUUGCCCCAUCGCAUGCAGCGGAGCCGGGAAGUCGUCGCUGGUGGGGGCGCUGGCCCACCGCCAGGGGCCAGGCGUCAUCGUCGACGGACGGAUCCUCGCGAACGGAUGCCCCGCUGCCUCCAGGAUCCCCGCCAUCUCGGGGUUCGUCUACCAGGACGAGAUCUUCAUGCCCAGCCUCACUCCCAGGGAGCACCUCACUCUCAUGGUGAGUGCACCUCACUCUCGAGGCACCUCGUUUGGAACCCGGAAGGAAGGACGACAGGAAGUAGACGCCCGCCUGAAGCUAGACCGCCGGACCCCCGCCUACUCGCGACGGAGCCGUGUGGAGCAUUUGCUGCAGGACCUCGGCCUCCGCUCCUGCCAGGAGGCGCUGAUCGGGGAGCCCGGCGCCAACAAGUCCCUCAGCGGCGGAGAGAGGAAACGCCUCGCCUUCGCCACCGAGAUCCUCCGCGACCCCUCCGUCCUCUUCUGCGACGAACUCACGACCGGCCUCGACUCCUUCCACGCCUGCCGCCUCGUCGGGAUCCUCAGGGACCUGAGCGGCCGGGGGAAGACCGUCGUCUGCUCCAUCCACCAGCCGUCCAGCGACGUCUUCGCGCUCUUCGACCGGAUCAUGCUGCUUGCGGAUGGGCGGGUCGCCUUUGCGGGGCACGCCACGGAGGCCCUUCGCUUCUUCGAAAGCCAGGGAUACAGAUGCCCGAGCAGCUUCAACCCGGCGGAUUUCUACCUCCACGUGCUGAGCACGGGGGGAGACGGAGGGGGAGACAGGGGAGACGGAGGGGGAGACAGCCGGUGGCGGGACUCCAACCGACGCAUCUGCGACGCCUUCGCCGUCUCCCCCCUCGCGCUGCAGACCAUGGCGGUCGUCCAGUACUUUCACAACAUCCAUCUGUCCUAUCUCGACUCUGGGGAGGAAGUUAAAGAUCCAGCUCUCGAGGUGAAGAUAGAGAGGCCGGGGUACGCGGCCCAAGUGUGCCUGCUGCUGUGGCGGGACGCGAUGGACAUCAUCCGGAAUCCUGCCGUUCUCAAGCUCAGGCUCGUUCAGAAGCUGCUGUUGGCGGUGAUCAUCGGGUUCAUCUACAUGGGGCUGGGACGGAACCAGCGGGGGAUCCAGGACACGGAGGGCGCCAUCUUCGUGUUCCUCACGGAGAACUCGUUCCUGUGCACCUACGCGGUGCUGCAGGUGUUCCCGAGGGAGCUCCCGGUGUUCCUCCGGGAGCACCGCAACGGAGUCUGCUCCCUGCCGGCCUACUAUUCCUCCAAGGUCAUCUCGCAGAUCCCGUUGUUCGUGGUGGAGCCGUUCGUGUUCACGCUCGUCGCGUACUUCCUUGCCGGGAUGAGGGCCGGCGCUUUCCACUUUCUCAUGACUGCGGUCGGGAUCGUCCUCGUCGCCAACACGGCCGCCGCAGCAGGGUUCCUGUUCUCGGCGAGCUUCGACUCGGUGUCCAUGGUGGUGAUCGCCCUGACCCCGUUCAUGUUCACCCAGGUCGUCACCGGCGGCUUCUUCCUCUCCAUCGAGACGAUUCCUUGGUUCCUGAAUUGGACCCAGUACCUUUCCUGGUUCCGGUACAGCAACGAGGCCCUCACAACUCUUCAGUGGCACGGAGUUCAACACAUCGAGUGCGAGUACGAACCCGGGGAAGCACCGUGCCUCAGCAACGGGACUCAAGUACUGGAAAAGUACUCGUUCAGCGCAUGCAAUUUCACCCUGGACUACGCCAUGCUUCUCUUCCUCUUCCUCCUCUUCCACCUCCUCGCAUUCUUCAUGCUCUGGUCCCGCGUGCGCCGCAAGUGA